UUCAGACGAUGUGCAUCUUCCAACAGACGAUUUUAUUCUGAUUAUAGAAAUCGAACUUUACACUUGGUACUUAUGGUAUCAGGAAAUGCUCCAACGCCAAGGAUGGCGGCAUUUGGACAAGAGAACCCCGUUGCCGUAGACGAGGAAAUAAAAACGUGGAACGAAGACUUGGGCGACAACAUUUGGGAACACAGUGGCUUGGAAGAAGGCGACAUAAUUCGUCCGGUCGGUCGAAAUGGUCUCCGAAGUAAAUCUGCUCGAUGGCCGUUGGGCAUUAUUCCAUAUCGCAUCGCAGAAGGGCACUUUACGGAGGCAGAAGAACGAAAAAUCCAACAAAUAAUUGACGAAUACAACGACAUCACGUGUUUGCAAUUCCGUCCGAUGGUCGAUUCAGAUGAAAACUUUGUGGAUAUUGUCAAUUCGUUUGCUGGUUGUUGGUCGAGCGUUGGCAUGGAUGGCGGUCAACAAUAUCUGAAUUUGCAAACGCCACAAUGUAUUCGUUAUGCGACGAUUCGGCAUGAAAUGUUACAUGUAGUGGGUUUCAUGCACCAACAAAGUUCCAGUAACCGCGAUAAAUUUUUAAGGAUAAAUUGGGAGAACAUUAUUGAGGGCAAGAGACAUAAUUUUGCUAAGUAUCCCGCAUCAAAAGUGGAUAAUUAUGGACUUGAUUACGAUUAUGACAGCAUUAUGCAUUACAGUGGAGUAGCUUUCUCGAAAAAUGGGAAGCCCACAAUGGAGCCUCUCAAAGGUGAUGUUACCUUGAUUCGGAAGCAGACGUUCAGCGAGGGAGAUUUAAAGAAAUUGGCGAAUAUGUACAAAGAAGAAUGCCGAAAAAGAGAAAAUCUUACCAAAUGAAGAAAUAGAUUUUGCCCAUUUUGGUCGAAAAGCUGUAAAUGUGAC